AUGAAUGAGGAAGAUAUUAAAAUUUUAUCCGAUGAUGAUAAAUCAGAAGAAUCUAAACAUGAAAUAUUGGAAUUAUUUAUAAAAAAUAAUGAAAAUGUUUUUACUUUUCCCGACUUAUCUAAUAACAAUAAAAGAGCUAUGUUAUGGGCAGCAUUAUUCCAACAAAUACAAAAAAAAUCAUCAGAUACUCUACAUGGUUUAUGUUUGGCUGCGCUCAGAAUAUUAAGCCGGGAUAAAUCUGAAGUUGAUACUAUAAUUACUGAAAAGUGGAUUAUUAUAUUAAUAGAAAAAGCUGGUCUUCAUAAUUUUCUGAAAAUUGAUGAUGAGUGUAUGCCAGCAGAAAUAAUACCAAAAAAAGAAGAGGCUGUUGAAGCAUUGAAAUGUUUAUGUAAUCUGGCAUUAAAUAGUGAGGUUGCAAGAGCCCUUUGUGCUCAUACUGCAAUUGCACAGGGCUUGGUGGCGAGACUGAGAUCUUACAAAGAAAUACCUUACAAGGAUGAUAUAAUGCUCUUUGAUAUGAAACUGCUCUUUAUAUUGACAGCUUUAAGGCAAGAUAUAACAUCAAAGAUAAAAACUGAAUUACAUGGAAUGGACUAUCUUAUAAGCUGCUUGAAUGAGAUUGUUCUUGAGGCAUCUAUUGAAUCUGACAGUGCAGGUGCUUGUAUGAGUAGUGGUGCUUUAGGGGAUCACCACUGUUUCCUUAAAGAUUAUCAACAAGCCAUUGUAUGUGAAAUAUUGAAAAUACAGUUCAAUUUGACCCUACAAUCAAAUUCUGAUGAUCCAAUUGAUGAGGCAGAAGAAGCUGUCUUCUUAAAACUAAUGCCUAUACUUACUAUGCUGCUUAGUGCACAUUCUUCGUCUGAGCAGAAAUUGAUGGAGUUACGAAGCAAUAUAACUAAUUUAUUGUUAAGUGUGCCAUCAAAAUUCUAUCCAUAUUUAACACCUGACUUAAAUGAAGGAGAAAAAUCACAAUGCAUCUAUGAUGGAAAAAAUAUGGAUGCGUUGCAGUCUCUCAUCCAGUUCCUUCUAUAUCGUUUGACAAUUACUACAAGCUCAAAGAAUCAGUACGAGAAUCUGUCCCCUAUACUGACGGUGCUGAAUAAGAGUGCUCGUGGGUGCCGAGCCCAUCGUAAAUACCUCCGCCAAGAAGUGCUGCCGCCCUUACGCGACGUCUCUCGACCACCCGAGAAGGGCUCCACCCUCCGCAACCAGUUGUGCAGAUUGCUCACAACUCCCGUCACUUCGAUCAGAGAUCUAGUUGCCGAGUUCCUGUUCAUUUUGUGCAAAGAGAAGGUCGGGCGCAUGGUGAAAUACACGGGCUUUGGCAACGCGGCUGGCCACCUUGCCCAGAAGGGACUCCUGGCCGGCGGCCGCGGCCACGUGGUGUACUCCUCCAGCAGCGAGGACUCCGACACGGAGGAGUACUUGGAGGCCCAGCCGAACAUAGACCCGGUAGUGGGAUGCACCAGGCCGCCCCGCAUCAACCCGUUCGAGGGCAUGACCGAGGAACAGAAAGAAUACGAGGCGAUGAAGUUGGUCAAUCUGUUCGACAAAAUGGUGUCAAAAGGCGUGGUGAAACCAGCCAGGGUGGGGCCCGACGGCCGGCCGCAGCCAGUAGAGCACGUGCUGGAGAUGCGAGAGCAUCCGCCCAACAGGCCACAAUCC